AGAAAAUGGAAAUUGUUUUACUUAAAUUAGAAGACAACAUUAAUUAAUAGUAAUCUUGAAACUUAAUUAGGGUUAUAUCAUAGAGUAUAAAAAAAGAAAAGGCGUUUACCAAGCUUCUACAAGAUAAUCUUAUAUUUAACUUCAAGGGUAUAUUUGAACGCACUCUGCAAUUCUAAAUUGCAAUCUAACCUGUAAAUUUAAGAAUCUGUCGUACCGUUUCGUUUCAAGCCAAUCAUCUUACCUUAAAAGGUAAUAAUUGUACAGGUCGUCGUAUAAAAAUACAAGAUAUUUAUAUUGAUAGGUAUUAUUAAUUAAAUUAAUAUACGAAAUGUCUGAUCCGCGUAUACGAACUUUGAAAAUUAAGACCGGAGUAGUAAAACGUCUUGCAAAAGAAAAAGUCACUUACGAAAAAGAAGCGGCGCAACAACGCCAAAGAAUACAGCAAUUAAAAGAACAGGAUAAGGAUGGAUAUGACAUUAAGAAGCAAGAAGAAGUUCUGCAAGAAUCCCUAAUGAUGGUACCAGAUUGCCAACGUCGUCUUGUAAAGGCAUUCGAAGAAUUAAAGAGUAUUUUGGAUACCGAACAAGAUUUAAAAGAAGUCGAAGAUUACAUAGAGGCAGAGAAAGUAUUACAAGAAGCCGAAGCUCAACUUCCUAAAGAAGGAGAGAUUCUACAAAUGUGUUAGAAGA